CCUAAGACACGCCUGAGCCCGGGGCCACUCCUGGCGCCAGGAACCAUCCGGCCCGGCUUCGCGAGCAGCGUCGUGGUUUUCCCCGACAAUGAUACCUUUACCACGCCAAUGAUUCAGCUUCUGCUGUGCGGCGUUUUUUAUUUCCCUUCAAAACACUCUUGAGGCUGCUUCUUGUGCCUUCUCCUCCCCUUACAUUCUCCCCCCCCUUACUUUCUCCCUGCCCCCGCCAAAAACCAAUUACUCGAAUGUGUCCUCUGGCUUUGUCUAUCUUCUCUCGCUCGUUUUCUCUUGUUUAGAGUCCGAUGUCCUCGGGCAGGCCGCUACGUCACCCAUGGCCGAGCAAGGCAGACUCGAGGGCUUCGCUGGUACGGACCCCGCGCAGAAUGCGACGCCAAUUGGAUCAGACCUGGAGAGCGAGCCUGGUCGGGCUGUUGAAGACACAGAGGCGAGGCAGCCUCCCUCACAAGAUGCAAAUAUAGCCGCCACGAGCGAACCGUCACAACCGUCAGAACCGUCGCCCGCCCCGUCCGACAAACAGAAGGCCGAGUCGGAAAGUGCUGAGGAGGUGGAAGAGAGGUUGCCGAUGCAAGAGGCCGAGGAUGCGAGGACCGAGCACGCCAGCCGCGACACCGUCGGCCCCGCUGACCGCUCCGUAACCACCGUAACCUGGGUCGACGAGAAGGUCGCUGACGAGCACGUCUCAACGCCGCACAUCCCUUCGAUCGUCCUGCAGAAGGGACGGCGGAACCGCUACGUUCCCAUUCCAGAGCAGAAGCUGCGCAACAACCUGUCAGGCAUGGUCGGCUUCCUCGAGUUCGCAAACGCGUUGGACUUCGCCGCCAACGUGUGGAACACGAUCCCCGUGCCCACAUUUGCAGCCGUGUUGAUGGGCCUGGGCGGCGCCACCGCCCUGAUCAUCUCGGUCUUUGCGCUCCGGGACGGGCUCAAGGCCUGGAAGAACGUAAAGGUCCUGCGGAAGGAGCGGGCGGAGCUGCUGGCGGCCAUGCGAGACAAGGAGAAGGGGAUACCGGUCGACGGCUACGCCCUGGACGUCAAGGUCGAAGUCAACCGCCGUGAACUGGGACAGGAAAUCGUCGACCGGCUGUCCAUGGAUGUCUUCAUGGGCUUUUCGGCCCUGGUGGUCGGCGUGGGCACGAUCUUGGCGAUCGCCGGCGCCAAUCCGCGCAUCUACCACGCGUCCAACCUGCUGUCAGGAUACAUCGGCAACGCGCCGUCCGCGGUCUGGGGCGUCGGUAAUACGCUGUGGAGCGCGUACCUGUUUCGCCGCGCCCGCCGUCACUUUGUCAUUGGCACCCGAAACUUGCGAGACGAGGUGGUCAAGGCUAGACUAAAGAAGCGAACGAAGUCGAUACGGGUUCACUCCUUCAUCAUGGGACUGGCAACCUUGGUGUCCGCGCCGAGCGGUAUAGUCACGGCUACCAUGUGGCAGGGCUAUCCUCCCCUCGUGCCCUGCAUUGUGCUCGCGAAGUGGGGAAACGAAAUAUGGAGGAGACGUCUGGGUUACACCAGGUUCCCCAUCGGCCCGCAAUACCCCUCCGUGGACACGGAAAGCCUUAUCGAAGAACUCCAGUGGACGAUUCGUAUCAGCGAUGAUCUUGCCAGAGACAAGACGGCGAGUCACAAGAACUACAUCCAGGUCUAUCGCGGCUCUGACUCCACGACGGCUUUCAUGUGUCGGAUCGGUCUUCUCGAAGAUCUCUGCGUGGAGUUGGUAAACGCCGGCCACAUCAAGCACGGCAAUCGGCAGACCGUUGAAGUAGACCAAGACAUGAUCGAGGACUGCGAGAGACUGGAGCCCGCGUUCGGCGCGGCGGCCGCUAGGAUCUUCCAGAAGAAAGGCCGUCGAGCGCUGGAGCACAGGGAACGGCAUUUGCUUGAGCUGUUGGGCGCAAGCAUGCUCGACGCUACUUUCCGACGAAAGCAGUCGAUUUCACAGCGAGUAACCACACGUGGAUGAGAUACGAGCAAGCUAUGUUCAGUGGUACAGAGAUAGAUUUACAGCCUUUUAACGUUGUCUAAUGCCGUUGUGAUCGGUUUGAGAUCAUGACUCUCCACUUAGUCUCCGCGACCGUCCACUUCCGCUGGGCGACCUUUACGCCUGCCCUCGAGAAUCUGCACGACCACAGUCGGCAACACGCUUGCCGCAAAGAUGAUGCCGGCAGUCAGACCUCCGCUUCCGCCGAUCCCAAUGCUUGAGACCAUGUCUGGCAGCCAAAACGGGCAAAUAAACCCCCACGUGGAUCGCACCACGUUGACAAACGCGCCGAUGCUGCUCGAGUGAUUCUGGUGCAUGUCGACCAUGUACGUCAUGCAAAUGGUCGUAACAAUCUGGUUGCCCGCUGCCGCGAUGCCAAUCCCGACUAUCGGGGUUACGUUCCAGGUCUUAGCCUGGGCUGUCCGCACACCAAACACGAUCAAGCCGACCAUGGCGAGCAUGUAGCCAAAGUAGCUCAGCCACAAUCUAAACUCAGGCCUGACCCAGCUGCUUCCGUUCCGUUUGGCUUGGCGACGUCUCGCAGCGUGCAUCCACCAGUCGCUCAGCGGGCCUGCAAGCUGCUCGCCGACGACGGAGCCGAUGAUCAUGCCGAGAAAUUGCAGGCCGAGCUGUUGGGCGUUGAAAUGGUACAAGGGCAAGAAGAUCUGCGGUAUUUCGACUGUGAGGAAGACGGACGUGAAGCCGAACACGACCGAGUAUGCGAUUGUUGGCAGAAGAACGGAGGCAUGUUUGCCCAGGAAGAGCGGCUCGAUGAACUCCACGGCUCGGAACGGUGCAGGGUCGAUGCGUCUAAACGAGAAGUACGCGCUUUUGAACGACGACUUGCCAGCAACCGACGCGUCCGUUGUGGAGGGGUCGUCAGUGCGCAUAUACCUUGUCUCUGGUGACAGGAAGAGAUAUGCGACGAAUUGCACGGCGUUGGUGAUUGCGAAUAUCCAAUAUAUCCAGCGGUAGCCGACAUGGUACGCAACGAAGCCCAUCAGGAACGGUCCCGCCGGCGGACCGAGCGUGACCAUCAGCGUCCAAAUGCCCAUCUUGGUAGCUCGCUGGUUCUUGAAGUAUGUUUCGACGACAACGCCGCUGCCAAUGGCAGCUGGCGGGCUGAUGAAGAAGGCAACCAGGCACCGGCAGGCCGCCAUGGCGCCGUAAGAAUGGCUGACGGCGCAGCCAACGCUGCAGAUGCCCGAGCCAAGACACGAGAUCAACCAGACAGGGCGACGGCCGUAGCGCGUCGAGAUGGGCUUCCAGAAAAGAGGCCCGUACCCUAAGACGACGAUCUGCACCGACGUGAGGUAUGACGUCUUCUGCAACGACACGCCCAGGUCUUGGGCGAUGUUCUCGUAUGCCGGGAUGAUGCCGGCGGCCAUGAACGUCGUCAUCAUGGCGUGGAACGCAAUCAGGAACAGGUUCACGUUUUUCUUCCAGUCCGGCCAGUUGUACGGGUCCUGGGGGUCUAUGCUGGGAAUCGGCUCCAGCUCGUGGGUACCAUGUCGCCGGAUGAGAUAGUCCUUGUGAGCGCUGGUCAGCUCUGGCUUGACCGUGGCGACCCGUCCCAGGCCAUUCUCAGGGUCGCUUGUUGCCGGCGGAGCUUGCUCCUGACGAAUGCUUUCGGCCUUUUCGACGGACGACGACAGAGAAGGCUCUGAGGCAAAGUCCUGGCGGAUCGUGUCCUUCAUCCUUGCCGCUGUUCAGGCCUCGUCGGCAGGCCUUUAAGGGCAGUGCCUUUUGUAGAUUGGACGUGUACGUUCUUAUUGUUUAUUUUUGUUUUAUUCGAAGCACUGCAUAUAAUCAGCGUGGUGGGAGGCAAAUUCGGUAGACUCCUAUAGAGCGAAGAGGUCCGCAGAAUAAUAAUAUCAAACGUAGACGCGAAAUUCGAGCUACACCACGGCCGUCAUAUAGUCCCAAGCACGAGCACCUUGCGUUCGCCAUCCUUCUUGGGAAAAAAAAAAUGAACUACCGAUUUUCCUACCGAGCGACAUUUGACGCUUUGUCCCGACUACCCGUCAUUCUUGUGGAUCCCUCGCAAGACCCUCCCCUUGGAACUAGAUCUGCGUCGCCGCAGGCGUAACUCCCCCAACACUCCACAAAAUUACGGGGUUUCUCCGAGGU